GUCAACAUUUGUUUCCUUCCAUCUUCUCUGGACCAUUGGCCUUAGCAGCGUUUUUAUUCACAAUACCAUUAUUACCAUCACUACUAAUGACACCAGUGGCAAUGGCUGGUUUGCCAUCAGCAUUCAAUGUCUUUUCUUCUGUGGUCUCUGGUUUAACUAAUGGCAAACCUAUACAAUCUUUGAUUGAUCCUUUGUACAUGAUAAAUUCAGAAAAUCAGACCAACAUUCUUAAUCAACCAAUUAGACGUCAAUUGAAUAUGAUGCGUGGUAUUGCCAAAACAUUUCGAGUAGUAAUGAAUAGACGAUAUGGUCAACCUGUAGUCACAUCGAAUGAAGCAUCAAUUUCUGAACUUUCAAAUAUUCCAGAUAAAUUAGAAAAUGAAAUGGUCAAUCACAUCGAAGAGUUAACAUCAGCAGUAUCAUCAACAUUAUCUAAUAAUAAGGAUAAUAAUAAUUCAUCAUCAACGGAAUCAAAUCAUUUAGCUGAUAACAUGAUAACAGGUGCUGAGAGUGGAAAUGAGGAUGGCCAGAUGGAAAAAUCUAUCAAAGGAAUGGAUCUUUUAUAUACCUCUUUACGGGAUAUCUAUUCAGUCAUUCGAAAUGGACUGCGAAGAUAUGAGAUUACUGAUAGUGAAUGCCAAUCACGCAUAGUAUGCGAAAUACAUCAGAAAAUUAUUUCACAUAAUAAAUUGCUCAAAACAUUCUCAGUGAAUGCAUUGGAUGUACUCAAUCUUGAAAAACAUGUAGAUUCUUGGAGUUCAUUGAAUCAAAAAAGUAAAGAAUCGAUCAAAUUUUAUAUAAAUGCUGCCAAAGAUUUUGCAUCAACAUAAUCAUUCAUUGUCCAG